GCCCAUGGCGGAGAGCGGCGCCUGGCUGCUGGUGCUCAGCGCCGUGUUCCUCUGCAACGCGCUCAAAAUCCUGCUGCCCUCCUGCUCCUCCCUCAUAUCCAGGCUGCUGCAGAAGGAUGCAGAGCAGGAGUCCCAGAUGAGAGCUGAGAUCCAGACCAUGAAGCAGGAGCUUGCCACCAUCAGCAUGAUGGACGAGUUUGCCAGAUAUGCCCGGCUGGAGAGGAAGAUCAACAAAAUGACAGACAAGCUCAAAACCCACGUGAAAGCACGAACUGCCCAAUUGGCCAAAAUAAAGUGGGUCAUAAAUAUUGUAUUCUACAUAUUGCAGGCUGCCCUGAUGAUCUCUCUGAUCUGGAAGUACUACUCUGAGCCUGUCACCGUGCUUCCAAGCAAGUGGUUGGCUCCCCUGGAGCGCCUGGUGGCCUUCCCUACAGGAGUGGCAGGAGGUGUGGGAAUCACCUGCUGGCUGGUGGUCUGCAAUAAGGUUGUAGCCAUCAUGCUGCACCCCUUCAGCUGAAGGAAUCCCAGCAAGCCAGGGACUCCCCAGCUGCAUUUACAUCAUCACUGGUUUAAAUUAAUUAAAAAAAAAAAAAAAGGGACAGUUAUCUUUCAUGAGACAAGGUCUGAGACAAUCCUUGUUACUCCAGGUGGAUAUCUCUCAGUCCUUUGGAUUCUUUUGGUUUCACUUUUCCCAGAGUUUGUCUUUCAUUUUGGAAAGAACAGCACUGCUGGUUAUUAUAAAACCUCAUUUUGGGUUUAGUCAUGGCAGAACCAUAAGGUUUUGUCAUGGCCUGUUGUCAGCAACAUCUAAAAGUGUUGGAUUUGUGGUUUUAAAUUGGAAAUGUGCUGGCUUUAGGGAUUAAUUUGGGAGCUUGGCUGUUCCUUUGCUGUGAAAUGUGGAAGCUUCACCCUGAGGUGGGAUCAUGUUGGGGGGUGCACAGGCAGAGGUUGUUUGCUUGACUUGGGCCAAAAGAGAAUUUCCUUUGGAUUUUUUACCCUGAAAUCAGAAUAUUCUUGAACUCUCCUAAAAAAAUAGAUGAGUUAAAUCAAGAUUUUUAUCUCUCAAGAGGUUUUUUUCAGCUGCCAAGCACAGGCUGCUCUCAGUGAAGCAGAAAACAGUGCUGUUCCUGCAGGGGGGAUGCUGAUGGAGCUUCUCACUCUGGAAUUCCCACAGGAAUGACCCCUCUGCUAUUCCAGGGCCUUUUCCUCCCUGCAGGAAGGGAAGGAAGGGGCCAGGACCCCUCCAAAAUUGUUCAAAAGGUCAGGUUGUGUUGUGUGUAUAUAUAUAUAUGGAUUAAAUAUUUUUGUUUAUUUGUUUUAAUGUUAAUUUAAAAAUUGGGAUUUUAUAUUAGGAAUUGCAUUUAGCCUACAUGAAAAUAAAUAUCAAGGAAAAAAUAUUGUGAUUGAAUGUUAUGUAAAAUUGUGAUUUUAUUAAGGAAAUAAAGCUUUUCAACCCAU